GGCUGCGCUACCCGGCCUCCCCUGAUUGGCUAUAUUAACGCCGGAGCUCAGGGAGGAACCAAUAGGCAUUGGCCACGGCGGAAGGUGAGAGUGUAGCUCCGAGGUGCUGGGAAGAAGACGGGCAGACGCCGGUGCACACAGCGGACGGAACACAGCGGGAGGAUGGCGAAAGGAGCGCUACUACUAGGGGCAGUGCUAUGCUCACUGUAUCUUGCAGUGAGGGGUAUGUAUUCUGCCAGCGAUGAUGUUGUAGAAUUAACCCUUUCUAACUUCAACCGAGAGGUUAUCCAGAGUGACGGCUUGUGGCUGGUAGAGUUUUAUGCUCCUUGGUGCGGACAUUGCCAGACUCUGGCCCCAGCGUGGAAAAAAGCUGCAACUGCGCUGAAGGGUAUUGUGAAUGUUGGGGCUGUGGACGCUGAUCAACACAAAUCUCUGGGUAGUCGGUAUGAAAUACGAGGCUACCCCACUAUUAUGAUAUUCGGGGCAAAUAAGGACCAGCCUGAAAGUUAUCAGGGAGCCAGGUCUACAGAAGGCAUUGUGAAUGCUGCGUUGAAUGCUGCACAAUCAUUAGUGAAGGACAGGCUUAGUGGAAAAGGAGGUGGACAGGACUAUGGAAAACAGAAGUAUACCGGUGGCAGUGGUGGAAAGAAAGACGUAAUUGAACUAACGGAUGACAAUUUUGAUCGACAAGUAUUGAACAGUAAUGAUGUUUGGCUCGUUGAGUUCUUUGCCCCUUGGUGUGGACACUGUAAAAACUUGGAACCAGAAUGGGCAGCUGCUGCCACGGAGGUUGCUGAACAAACCAAAGGGAAAGUUAAGCUGGGUGCAGUUGAUGCCACCGUCCACCAGGGUCUAGCCAGUCGAUAUGGGAUCCGAGGCUUCCCUACAAUAAAAGUCUUCCAGAAAGGCGAGGAGCCUGUUGACUAUGAUGGAGGACGGACAAAGGCUGAUAUUGUUGCUCGCGCUCUUGACUUAUUCUCUGAGAACGCACCACCUCCCGAGAUCUUGGAGAUCCUGAAUGAGGACAUUGUGAAGAAGACAUGUGAGGAACACCAGCUCUGUGUUAUCGCCGUGUUACCUCACAUCCUUGACACAGGUGCUGCAGGAAGAAACUCCUAUUUGGAAAUUAUGCUCAAAAUGGCUGACAAGUACAAGAAAAAGAUGUGGGGAUGGCUGUGGGCAGAGGCCGGGUCCCAGCUGGAUAUGGAGACUGCUCUUGGUAUCGGUGGAUUUGGUUACCCAGCCAUGGCUGCUGUGAAUGCUCGAAAGAUGAAGUUUGCGCUCUUGAAAGGCUCCUUCAGCGAGCAGGGCAUUAAUGAGUUCCUACGGGAGCUUUCAUUUGGCCGGGGUUCUACAUCACCUGUUGCUGGCAGUACACUCCCCAAGAUCAAUACAGUUGAGCCUUGGGAUGGCAAGGAUGGAGAGCUGCCUGUGGAGGACGACAUUGAUCUCAGCGAUGUAGAUCUUGAUGAGUUUGACAAAGACGAACUGUGAAGUGACACUCAAACCUCCCUCUUGUAUUGUUACAUCAUACCUCUUCUUGGGGGAACUUUUACCGCUGGUGGUCAUCUGUUCAUCUGGAACACUGGCGGACUUUGAUAAUGGCCUCUUUUUAAACCUGAGAGAUACUCGUGCACUUAAACUGAAGGCCUUCGGUGAUGCCAAUGGACAGUUCCUCUCAGGAGAAUACAGAAAAAUUCUAUGAAUUGUUGUAACAGCGAGUUUCAUUGUAUUCAAUUUAGAUUUUGCAAGAAACUGAUGUUUUGGUUUUUUUUUGCGUGGGAGGGCUUCUUUGGGGGUAUCGUGAAGGAAAUAAUGCUAAUACCCUUUUGGACUUGGGGUUCAUUAAAAACAAACUGUCUUCUCAAUGUUUCCUCAGUUGAUGCUGCAAUCGUUUGUUUUUUGUUUAACAUAUUUUAUGUUUCGGGUAUUUUCAUCACAAAUUGAUCAGCUUGAUUCAAUAUCCAAAUA